CCAACAGCCUUAACCCGUAGAAGAACAAACGCACCAAACCAGAACGAAAGUAUUGCUUGCUUCCAGUCAUUUUUUACCCAAACAAUUUGUAAUGUGUUGAUGUGAUUUAAAAGAGACACAAUGCUUUGCACUGAAUUGAGCAGGCGGGUAGUUCUCACCGCCACCAGAAGCCAUCCCUGCCUGUCAAUCUGCUCAUUCCGGAAAGUAGCGACAACUAGAGAUGAUCAUUUUCAACAGCAGCCCAGAUCCACGAGAAGAACCUUUUACAACAAAGCUGUGACCACCCAAGUGAUUCAGUCCCACCUCAGUGGAAGCAGAUCUUUCAGCCUGUCGCCCUCCGCUGUUGUGAACUCGGCACCUGCCUUUGUGCAGCCGUACCUCCGCCUGAUGAGGCUGGAUAAACCCAUCGGAACAUGGCUGCUCUACCUUCCUUGUACUUGGAGCAUCGCUCUGGCUGCAGAGCCCGGAUGCCUUCCAGAUCUGGGCAUGUUGGCCCUGUUUGGAACCGGAGCCGUGCUGAUGAGAGGGGCCGGCUGCACCGUCAAUGACAUGUGGGAUAAAGACUUUGACAAACAAGUGACCAGGACAGCCUCUCGACCCAUCGCGUCUGGGGAAAUUUCCCAAUUCCAAGCUUUAGUUUUCCUGGGAGGGCAGCUCUCUCUCGCACUCGGGGUUCUUUUGUGUCUCAACUAUUACAGCAUCGCUCUGGGCGCCUCCUCCUUGUGUCUCGUCAUCACUUACCCGCUGAUGAAGAGGAUCACUUACUGGCCACAGCUGGUGUUGGGACUGACCUUUAACUGGGGCGCUCUGCUCGGCUGGUCCGCGGUGAGGGGCUCCUGUGAUUGGUCCGUGUGCCUGCCGCUGUAUUUCUCUGGAGUGAUGUGGACGCUGAUUUAUGACACAAUAUAUGCUCAUCAGGAUAAGGAGGAUGACGUCAAGGUGGGAGUCAAAUCCACAGCCCUGAGGUUCCAGGAUCAGACCAAACUCUGGUUGAGCGGUUUCACUGCGGCCAUGAUGUCCGGCCUGGUUGUAGCCGGGGUCAGCGCUCAGCAGACGCUGCCUUACUACGCGGCGCUCACUGCUGUGGCCUUUCACCUGACACACCAGAUUUACUCGGUGGACAUCAACAAAGCAGAAGACUGCUGGAAGGAGUUUAGCUCAAACAGAAACCUUGGGCUCUUGUUGUUGUUUGGAAUUGUUGCUGGUAAUUUCUGGAAAAAAUCGAAAGAAACUGCUGAAAAAUGAGGAAAAACAAGAGAUGUAACCAAAUAGUGGAUCACACUGUGGGGUUUUUCAUUUUUUCAUUUAUCAGAUGUGGUAGAUGACUAUUUUGCUCACGAAGAAUGUGUUGUUCCUAUAGCAGUCCUGGUUUGUUUCAGCCCUCCAACAAUUAUAAAAGUAUCUGGGUCUUUGGUCACAACUCACCAGUUUUCUUUGGCUCCAUGUUUUCAGGAAAAUACCAGAGUUUCUGGGCUCCAAAACACACCCGGAGGGUUUCAUCAGAACAUAGUGAAAGCUGGAACAGUUAUGUUUUUUUUUUACAAACAUUAAAGUCUAUUGUAUUAUUUUUAAUUAAAAAAAGCAAAGAGCUUUAAAAGGUGCAAUAAAAGACUGAAAA